UUUGAUUUCGGACUUGACUGUUCUAGCAUUGCCCCGAAAUCCCAUUUAAUUUCAAAUUAAAUGAAAAUUUUUGUCAAGAAUUUGAUUAUUAAUUGAAACAUGGGAUCAUGUUUCUUUAUUUAUUCCUGUUAUUUGUGAUGUACAUUUUUCUGAUGUCGUGCGAUGGAAAUGCAAAGUGAUCUGACUCUAGAGCUUGAAAAGGAAACUGUCACUGAUAAAAGCAAAUAUAUAACGGAUUCAUCAGAUUCUUCCAUUUUAAGUACCAUGAAGCACAAAAGCAUUCCAGAUAUGGAGAUUGAUAGAAUUGAACCUCUAACUAAUGGACUUAACAAAAUUUUAGCGGAUUCGGAACUACUGGAAGACUGCACACGAUCUGCAGAAAAUUCCACUGAAGCAAUGGAUAUUCCAGAAGUUCAAAACGAUGCAUCAAAUAAUAGUGAUAACACAGAACAAUGCCAAAAGGACUCGGAAUGUGACUGUUCUCGAGAUUCCACCUCGAAUUCGCACUGUCAGUGUGAAGAAGAGAAUCAAUCGAAAGUUCCUGCAUCUCCUGGCAGCAUGGAAUCGCCAAACGAUUCUCCAGACGCUUCGAGAUUUGAUGAAAUAAUCAACGUUGAUUUGAGAAGAACGCGCAGAAAUAGCAAACGGAAGAAGGAUAGUGAUUUGUGUUGUCCCAUAUGCAGUUUAACCUUACGUUUGCCUGAACUCGAGUCACAUUUCAAUCAGGAAGUGGAAAAAUUGUCAAAAAUAAAUAAGACUCAAAGAAAGCCAAAACAAGACGAUUCUGACGGUAUUAAUACUACUUUUGUCCAGGUUCGAAGCAAUCGGCUAAACAGACUGACUGCGAAAGUCAAUGAAUAUACCGAAAACCUCAAAAACGGAAUUAACUGCCCUUCUUGUAAAUUGUGGAUAUGUGGUACUACAGAAGAACUGAAUAAUCAUGUUCUUGUUUGCUUUCAAACUAUUGAAUCAAAUGAGCAUAUUAAUGUAGAGGAUGAUGAGGAUGACAAUGAAAGUUUUGAAGAAUAUGAAUUUGGCGACCAGACAAGAAUUCGUGCUAUAAGUUUUGUUCCAGGAGGUUACAGAUCUUUACAAGGACAGAUUGCAAAACGCUCACGUGUAGAUGAAGAUGAAGAUCUUGAUGUAGAUGUUGAUGAUACAAUAGCUUUUGGUCAGCCUCAAUAUUCGGAGCUUGAUGUAAUUCGUGACAAAAAUGAAGAAGAUAAAGCCAGUGACCAACUUAGAAAAGCAGUUCUUGUAGAUCCAUCUAUUCAACCUCAUGUUUUAGAAUCCAGGAAGUGGACUACCAAUGAUGAUGUCUCUGAUAGUCAGGUGAAUUCAAGUGAAGUUUCAUCAGCCUCAAGAGAUGAUAAAAAUGAUGAUAAACAACCUGCUGAACAAAACGAUACUGUAUCUGGUCAUAUAAUUUCAUCAUUGAAAGAAAAAAUCAGAGAUUUAGGAGAUCAAAGCAAAAAUGUUAAAUGCCUAAUAUGUAUGGAACCUUACACAAAGCCAGUUGUUUCUACAACCUGUUGGCAUGUUCAUUGUGAAGAGUGCUGGCUCAUGACAUUGGGAGUCAAGAAACUCUGUCCUCAAUGUAAUAUGAUUGUUUUUCCAACAGAUUUGAGGAAAAUUUAUUUGUAAAAUGGAAAUAUUUAUUCAUGUUGUAUAUACUGUAUAUUUAUUAUAAAAUAAACUUUUAU